AUGGUGGAUGUGGAGCACCGGAUGGCGGGCAUGGCCCCGGCGGCACACGCGGCCGGCCUGCGUCGCCUGUCCACGCGCGCUGCGGCCGACCCUUCCUCGGCGUCCGCGUCCCCGCGCCACGGCCUCUACUCCUUCCAGGGCGUGGCGUCGUCCGUGCUCUCGCACCUCCGGGCGUCCGGGGUGGCCAUCCUGCUCGGGCUCUCGGAGACAGAGCUUGCCCGCGCCGAGGCCGAGAUGGGGUUCACCUUCCCGCCCGACCUCCGCGCCGUUCUGGCCCUCGGGCUGCCGUCCGGCCCGGGGUUCCCGGACUGGCGCUCCCGCGCCGGGCUCCGCGCUGCGUUCGACCUGCCAGUCGCCGCGGCGUCGCUCCAAAUCGCGAGGGGCGCGCUGUGGCCUCGGUGCUGGGGGAAGAGGCCGGCCGACCCCGAGCGCUCGAGGCGGCUCGCUCGCUCCGUCAUACGGCGCGCGCCGCUGCUCGUUCCCCUCUUCGACCGCUGCUACCUGCCCUGCAGCCCCUCCCUCGCCGGCAACCCCGUGUUCUUCGUCACCGACGACCCCGUACUCUGCUGCGGCCUCAACGUCGUCCACUUCUUCACCCGUGAGUCGUCCUUCCAGCCGAUGGACAUCUCAUCCCAGUUCGCGGCGAUGCCCUCUUCCGGCACGAGCACGCCGUGCACGCGCCGCAGCCUCGACGCCGCCUGCGGCGGCCAGGCCCCGCGCUGGAUCGAGUUUUGGAGCGACGCGGCCUCGAACAUCUCAAGAGCAAGAACAUCUGAAGAGCAUGCAUCGUCCGCCUAG